GUAGAGCAAUGGCGUCUUUUCUGGUUUCAUCAGUCUUGAUAACGGGAGGCAAUCGAGGCCUUGGUCUGAACUUGAUUAAGCAAAUGUUGAAUUCGUCUGGUGUUCCUAAACAUAUCAUUGCAACAUGCAGGUCAUUGAAAGCUGAAAACGCACAAGAGAUACGAAGAUUGGCCGAGAAACAUUCCAAUAUUCAUGUUCUCGAAUUUGAUAUGACCGACGUUUCUGAGCCUCGUUUGACCGAACUGGUGAAACAAGUAUCAGAUAUUGUUCAGGAAUCUGGAUUAAAUCUGCUUAUAAAUAAUGCUGGGAUGCAUGUUAAGCCUGAAAGUUUUGAGAAUGUGAGCCCUGCCUCAAUGCAGAAGACGUUUGAUGUGAAUACAAUCGCACCAACUAUGUUAACCCAAGCUCUGCGACCAUUGCUGAAGCGUGCAGCGGAAGCAAAUGGACAGUCUGGUGAACAAACAAGUGCAGCAGUCAUCAACAUAUCUUCGGUGAUGGGAUCUAUACAUAAUUUGAAUAACGCAAACAGCUUGUCAUAUAAAGUGUCAAAAGCUGCAUUGAAUGCUGUCACAAAAACUGUUGGCAGUGAUCUUGCUGGCGAUGGUAUUACAGUUGUUUCAUUGCACCCAGGAUGGGUGAAAACCGAUAUGGGAGGUCCUAAUGCACAUCUUACUGUUGAAGAAUCAGUUAGUUGUAUCAUCAAGUUUGCCUAUUCCCUGAAAAAGUCCCACAAUGCUCAGUUCUUUAAUUAUGAUGGAACAACCUUGCCAUGGUGAGACUAUAUUAGAUAAUUAAUGCAGUUGUAGUUAAAAUGUAGUUAAAAAACAUUUUUGACAAUCAAAUAUGUAACCAAAAUGUUCAAAAUAUGAAACUUUUUUGCAGUCUUCAUGUAAUCAAAGUGUGCAUUUUUGUUGAUUUCAAUCACAAAAUUUAUCAGACGCAAGAGCAUGCAGCGACCUUAUCAGUAAUAAGGUUUUGUGAUAUGUAGUUCCUUGAAUUCAGUUCCUUGAGUUUAGUAUGAUGAAACAAUAUACUAGUUCUCAGUGGUUGAAAAGGUGUAGUCAAGCAAGCAACAGGUCCAUUUACGAAAAAGUAAAUUUUGUGUUAAAUAUUUGAAAAUGUGACUUCUCCUCUCAUGCUGACCAGAAGAACAGAUCAGUUCAUAUGUCUAGGAAAGUGCUUUCAAACAGAUAAUUUUUUCCCAUUUAAAAGGAUUAUAUUUCUUUAAAGGGAUAAUAUUAGUAAAAGGAUAAUAUUAUCUGGGAUUUUUUU